CGAUGUCUGGCUGAGGUGAUUUCCCAAGUAUAAAAGAAUGACUUCCUCGACUGAAGAACGACAGCAGUAAAGUAUCCGCGACAAUAAUUAUCUAUCCCGCAAACCAAUCCUCGACAAAGUCCCAGUUCGCACAUCAACUAUUCGAUAAAUCAGUCAAUAUGGGCUGGCUCGGUACCCUUGGACCUGUGUACGGCGACCACGCAAGUGACAAACCCGACAACACCAUCCCAGUUCUCAACAACGACAAUGGGGACAUUAAUGCCGGGUACGGUGGAAAAUUCGUCUGGCUGGUGGCCCAGUACCACGCGGAGCGAGGCACCGGCAUCUCCGACAUCCGGGUCGUCUUCUCUGACCACGCACGCGAGGGGGCCUUGGACCUGGCCAAGGGAGCGGGCGGGCUGUAUCGGUACUUGGAGUUUCGCUAUGGCGGCGAGGGCGAGCGGCAUGUGAGGCAGGUGGUGCUUGCGCGGCGGAGCGAGCCCAUGAAUGCGGCCACCGCGCAGAGGCUGGGCUUCCAGGGCUUCAGCGACAAUAUCGACCACGGUCGCGGGUCGUUCAUAUACUUGCUGUGGAAUUAUUGAUCCGUACUGUUGCUGAGCGGUUGCGGGAUUGGUGAUUGGAGGCAACGAUUUGUUGUUCGACUAGUGGGUACAGUGAGGGCGGGCAAGUGAGGUUGAAAUUUCUAGAUAGUGAAGUGGAGUGGGUUUCGAUGCUUGCGAUGUUUUGAGUCUCUACCGUAACCCUGUAAGAAACGU